AUAGCAGUUCCACUAAGGUUUUGUAUGGCAGGCCUAAUAUGAGUAAUUCCUUUCAUUAAUAUGCCAUCCCAAGAGUGAUUCAUUAAGGAGCCUCUGGAGAAUUUCCUCACUGUUGAUUGCAGCCUGUGCCGUUUUAGUCCAAGAAAAGUUUUUUUUUUUUUGCACAUCACCUUCUCAGCUUGUCUUAUAGUCUACUGCAAAAAGCCUUUUGACAGACAGGCCUUUGAUCCUUGGUGACUUAAAGAAAGAAAAAAAAGUAGUCAUUUUCUGAUAGGCCCACGAAGGCAGCCAAUUAGAGUGGGACUGCGGCCCAAAGUAGUGAGAGUGGAAAAGCUGACCCCUCCUCAAGACACAAACAAGCAGAGAGAGAGAGGGGAGACGAAAAGUAGUCAGAGUCACACUGGAAGGUGAUUAAUACGUGAAGUCCACCCAAGAAACUUUUUCAACAAGGUCGAGCAUCCCUAUUCGGAGACAAUUCACUGGCAUUUCUUCGCGGGGUAUGCAGUCUUUAAUGACGCUUGCUUGGAGAACUACAGGUCAGUAAGAUGGUUGGGAGGCAGACGCACCGAAUGGACGGCGGCAAUUGCUCCGUGACGGUGGUGGAUGACAGCCCGGGCUCCAGUCCGAGCUCCAGUCCCGCGGGCCGGGUGCCGCAGCAGCCCGGCGGAGGUGCCGGCAGAGGUCGGCCGGCGGCGGCCAACGCGGCGCGGGAGAGGAGCCGCGUGCAGACCCUGAGGAACGCCUUCCUGGAGCUGCAACGGACACUGCCGUCGGUGCCGCCCGACACCAAGCUGUCCAAACUGGACGUAUUGAUACUGGCCACAACGUACAUUGCCCACUUGACUCGAACUCUGCAAGAGGAAGGUGCCGAGGAAGGCGAGAGCACAAAACACACGGAGGCGUUACACUCGCUCAAAGGGGAAGGAUACCUGCACCCGGUCAAGAAAUGGCCGAUGAGGUCCAGACUGUACGUGGGAGCGAGCGGUCAUUUCCUGAACAAUACUUCAGAAUCUGAGAACCAAGGCCCGUCAUCAUCAUCAUCAUCAUCAUCGACCUCCAAGUAAAGCAUCCAACUGGUUGCCAUUUGCAUGAGUGGUGCUGAAGGACACAUUUAUUCCACGAUAUGGAUACAGGGAGACGGUGUAAAUUAAUAUAUGAUGUGAUGUGUUUUUCCUCAGUGUUGUCGUUUCAGUCUUGUUUGCAUUGUGCAACUCCAUACACGCCCCCCUUGGUAUGAUCUUUGGCUAUAAUAAUAAUGAGCCCGUCAUGCUUGGAGUGUGCACUUUCAGCUUGAGACAUUUGCACUAAAAUGCAUGUGUGAAUAACUUAACAUCUGUCAUGUGAAGUGGCCUGUCAGAGGGUCAACAAUAGGGGGGCUCCCAGUCUCAUGUUCCCUCCUAUGCUAGUAUUUUUUAUUUUAUUUUUUUUACACAUGCAUGCUUGGAAAAACAAAGUGUUUGUGAAUUUAAAGAUAUACUGUUUGAAAAGGAUGUAAGUAUGUUGUACCAUAUACUAUAUCGUGGCUAUUUAAGAGAAGUAAAGAGCAAUAAUAAUAAC